UGGCGGCAAUGCUCUCUCAUCGCGAUACAUGCCAGUGAUAGCUAUACACAUAUUCCGGAUGCUUCCUGUGACACUAUGUAAGGCGACCUCGUGUUGGAGAGACGCUGCGUUUUGUUGUAUAGGAGUGGCUGGUUUAUUUCUCUGAUCGCAAGGAAGAGAAAAGAGGCGCUUCAUCUCCAUUUAUUCAGGUCUGGUUUUGGGGUUUGCUGCUGCGUUAUGAUUGUGAUUUAGUGUUCCUUCUUAAUCUGGUGGCUUUGAAUUCAUUGCAAAGAAGAUACACAGUGUGGGAGAGAAAGAGACAGAUUGCAGAAAAAAAAAAAAUACACUAAGCGUCGAAAACUGAGUAUCGUGCAGCAGCAGGAGGAGAGCUGCGGUAGCCACGCCCUCGCCACGGCGUGGGGAGGAUGCCCUAUCAGGGAGACUCACAUCCGGCCCCGGCCAGAUUUACCACUAACUGCUCUUACCUCAUUAAGUUGCCGGGAGUCUUGAUUCUCGUCCAGAACAUAUGCUGCACCUUGGCAUUCGUGCUGGGGAUAUCAGGAGCCAUGAAGUGGCGAGUCGGGAGGGGCCAUGGAUUCUUCAUCUUUGUGGUCUUCUUGAGCAUGCUGAGCUGUAACACUUGGCUGAUGGUGCGCGUCCUGCAUCUUGACUCUAUGUUCAAGAGGAAAGUCAACUGGAACAUAGCAGGACUGGUGCACAACGGCAUCAAUGCAAUCUUCGUGAUGGUGGCGAGCUGCGUCAUACUGGAGACGGCUUCGGGGGCCAGACCGCUGAGGGCCGCUGGGGUGUUUGGAUUUCUGGGGUUCUCGGCGUUCCUGGCUGGCCUAAUAUGGGAGGUGAUCAUCUGGCGUACCAAGAGAGACUCGGAGGUGGGCCUUCAAUCCGCUACUGUCAUUCGUGGCCUCGAGAGAGAGCAGAGCCAGGAUAGCGAGCAGAGCGAUGGGGUGGCAGCAAUGGAAGAUGAGGAAGGCGUCAGCUUCGUAGGGAUAAAGCCCCGGCCCGUGUCUUCUUUCCUGGAGCAGCAAUCAGGGAACACCACACAGGUAUCGACCCCCAUGCUGAUGGUGCCUCAAGAGGAUAAAGAGAACAGCGGCUCCCACCGCAGUUCCUCUGCCGCCUCCUCCACACAGGGCGAGUGGCAGAUGGCUUCAACUAUUUCCGCGUAACGCUCUGCGGCUCCGUGGCUCAAGAAAUGUACAAGUAAUGAAGGUUUAGCCUUAAAUCCCUGCUGUGUAAUGAAGAAAAAGACAACUGUAUUAAGUAAGUGGUGAUGAAGGAGUACUUAUUUUAUGUCACUGCCACUCACUACGGCCAGUUUGUCUUUCUUGUGGUGUGUGUGUGUGUGUGUGUGUGUGUGUGUGUGUGUGUGUGUGUAUGUGGGCGUGUAGCCAAAUUCCAACGAUCGCCCAUGCAGUAUUAAUUGAGGAUCGGCGCAAAGUAAUGAUUGUUAGGUCUUAUUGAGAUGAAACUAAAAUUUUCGUAAUCUUGUCAUUUAAUUUGUUUAUUUUUCUUCGUAUGGGUGAAGGAAACCAAUCAUGGGCAUUGGAAAAGAAGAGAAGAGCCCGCUAGUUCGUCGCUCUCCAUAAAAAAAAAAAAAUAUUUCCAGCAAAUCAUUCAUGUGAAACUUACAAGAUACACUAAUCAGUAUAUUAUGACCUCUAGAGCAGAAAUUCUUAACAGUAGCAAUUUACAAGUCCCUGAUAUCGUCUGUCUUUCAAUUUUCUCCCAUAUAGACUACAUACGAUUGCAAAGAGCACCUAGUCUGUAGUUAGUUAAUGAAUUCUAGCCAUUCUAAAGGUGUACGGUCAUGAUCAUAGUUACCGAGUGGCCGGAGAAUGCUAACAGGCUUCUUAUCAACCCUAUCUUCGAGGAUGAGUUCUGGGGGACAGCAUGAGCUUCUGCAGAGCCGUGACUCCCAAAAAUUUGCCAGCAACACCACGAUCAAGUGCAGACCAACUUAUCCUCCGCAAAUCUAAGAGGUUGAGCAUCUAAGUCUUCAGAAGAAAAGCACAGUUGCAGUACAAUUUCCUGAUGACACUACUCGUAUACGUAGGCUACCAACACACACAAACAUAUAAAAAAGUACUAUACCGCACACAUUUCCACUGUGCUUAGCAUUUUUCCCCUCUGUCUUGUGUCCUUUUAUUUGUUAGAAGAUCCAUCACUUAUCAUAUUUUUAGAUCAUCGACGGAUCAGAGGGCUUAAGAUUGAGGGAAAACGCUGAGCACAAUGGAAGUGAAUGCAGAAUGUUACUCGACUUCUGACCGUGACUGUACCUCGUCAUUAAGCCGCAGGAACACAACACCCGACAGCUCAGGGAUGCACGGUGCUCGCGUCGUGACUACAGGACCAUGAUGAACACUUGUAAGCCAUAUACUCGUUGUAGAGAGACUACUUAACAGGAUGUAAUGGGAGCUACUUUGAUUUUUAACCUUUUCACCUCUAGCUGCUGUUCUGCCAUAAUCAACUCUUCAGACACUUAUUUUUGUAUUAAAGCAUGUUAAAUAUUCAUGUAGCCUAGAGGAUACAAAACCAGUCUCUUAUUCUCUCUUUAGUCUAUCUGGCCAUACGCGCCACAUUUGUAUAUUGCUCUAAAUGUUACCAAAAUACGACUGUAGCAGUAAAAGGGUUAAGGAUAUUUCCGUGAUUCUAGAGUGUGACAAAGGAUUUUGCACCUUUGAUCAAGAAAAGCACAAUAUAACCCAACUGGUCAUUCUUGAAAAUCCGGAUAAUUGCUGCUUGCUGAAAGUACUGGAGGUGAAACGACAAAGCGUUUAAGAAUACGGCCUCAGAGGAUUAAACUGCACGGUCUUUGUAUGUGUUCAUAGUCAUCUACAGUUAGGUUAUGUAUACAGUAUUUUUGUAUUUUUACACUUCCUUACCGCAGUGUUUAUAUUCACCAAAUACAAGUAUCUACAUAUGAUCUGCCUCUCUCCUUUACAGUAUGCAUUCUAUUAAUCUGGCGAGGUUGCUGAUGUACUCUGGUGACCUUGCAAUAUAGUAUCAAAUUCGCCUUAUUUCUGUGGAAAGAAGUAAUAAAAAACAAUAUGUUAUAAUCUACAA